UUAUUGCAUUAAGAAUAAACCAGCCAUGCGAUCAAAGACCCGAAUGGAGUUUGCCUUUUCACCCCUUGGCUACAAAUCUUCGAUUGGCAGUAAAUACAGCAGACAUCCGAAGCGCACUUUGGUUAUUUUGGAGCGUCGAGAACUGGAUUUCUAACUCACUGAUAGCCAGCGUUGCGUUUGGUGCGAAAGCUGACCAGGAGUAUUUGGGUGAAUUACGAUGUCAUUGUUCAUCACGGGCACUUGAGCUGGGUGUUCGGGAGAGUUUUGAAUGCGGUGUGGGACUCCCCGGGCUCGCUGCACUGAGAUCCGGACGUGUUGAGAACAGGGAGUCGGUGACACGGAGUCCUCAUGGCGCAACGGUACGAGGAUCUGGUCCAUUACGGAAUGGAUGCGGUCGGGAUCCCGUCUCCGAUGUACGGGGAUCCUCACGCGGCCAGAGCGAUGCAGGCGGUGCAUGUGAGUCACGGCCUGCCGCUUCACCAGUAUGCGCACCCAGCGGCUCCCGGGGUCCUGUCGCCCGUUAACGACGCAUUAAAACGGGAUAAAGACGCCAUUUACGGGCACCCUCUCUUCCCUCUGCUUGCACUAGUUUUCGAAAAAUGUGAAUUAGCGACUUGUACGCCGAGAGAAAGCGGUGUGGCCGGCGACGUCUGCUCGUCUGAAUCCUUUGACGAAGAUAUUACAGUAUUUGCAAAGCAGAUAAGGGCGGAAAAACCUUACUUCUCGUCCAAUCCAGACUUGGAUAAUUUGAUGAUUCAAGCCAUACAAGUGUUACGAUUUCACCUGCUCGAACUAGAGAAGGUGCAUGAGCUGUGUGACAAUUUCUGUCACCGCUACAUCAGCUGUCUGAAGGGAAAGAUGCCCACUGAUCUGAUGGUGGAUGAUAAAGAGGGGGGAUCCAGAUCUGACGGCGAGGAAUUUACACGCACUCCAGGCGGGACAGACCCGGCGUUCUGGAGGGAGGACGACGCUGCAUCUGUUCAUUCUUCUGAAGCUCCUGUGGCCUGUGGCAGACGCCGCGGCUCACACAAUGGAGACAACAGCAGCGAGCACGGUGACUUUCUGGAUCAGAGUGUUGCCUCUCCAAGCACAGGAGACGAUGAAGACCCUGAUAAAGAGAGGAAGAACAACAAGAAAAGAGGCAUUUUUCCCAAACUGGCAACCAACAUCAUGAGGGCAUGGCUGUUCCAGCACCUCACGAAGCCAGCAGCAUUAAUAGAACUUAAAUGUGCUUUUAUUGUCUUUUUUUAUUUUUUUUUUUACUGUUUUCAACCCUGUUCUUUCCUUUGCUUCAUCAGGUUUAUCAACGCCAGGAGAAGAAUAGUCCAACCGAUGAUCGACCAGUCCACACGUGCAGUAGGUCACGGUGGCCCGUACACUCCUGAUGGUCAGCCAGUGGGUGGUUUUGUAAUGGACGGGCAGUCACACAUGGGCAUCAGACCACCAGCAGCUCUGGGUGGUCUUGGGGGAGUGAAUAUGGGGCUGGAGAGUCAGUGGCACUACAUGUAAAUACACCCCUGGCAUCCUGCUGAACACAGCAGAGCAGAGAGUCAGGCGUUUUGGCGAGAGGAUCGAUCCUUUGCUCACGUACCCGGAGUUUUCGGAUGGAUUCGGAAAUUGGAUUUUGACUUGCACCACCAUGAACGGCCUUUAUUCAAAUACCCUAAAGAAACCCCUACAGCUUUACUCUUGGAACGAGGUGCCGUCCUCGUGAUACAGACGCUUUCAAGAUGGCCACCAGGACUCACGUUCCCUGUGAUGGGCAGAUCAAGCGUAUCAGGACAGAGAGAAAACAAUACAGGAAAAAGAAAUGCCUCAACACCUGGACGGAGAGAUUCCUUCAUGUGACCUUUCACCUGGAACCAGGUGAAUCUUCAAGUGGCCUGAAAGGCCCAAAAAAAAAAAGUCUCAUGUUUCAACUCAAGUGCCACCUGAAAUAAAGAGUCAUUAUUCUGCAGACAAAAACCCGGGAGUAUUUUUGCAGCGACAGACAUCGACGUCACCCUACCACACGUCUGCGUCACACUUCGCAGGCAUCUGUUACAGGAGUUCUCGAUCUAAUCUGUGCAAAGCAAUUCAAUACAAAGCCGUAAAUGUAUAUAAUGUUGCUGGAUGUGUCAAACGUGAUACAGAAAAGGUUCAUAAACGCUGGUAUUGCCCGAUGAAUGCAACUAAAGGUUUCUCACACAUCAUUUACUGCAGUAUAAAUGCACUCAGAUGCAUCUGGACGGUCAAUGAUUUUGAAAGGUACUAAUGAUUGUUUUGGAUUUGACUGACGUGAGCUGAGCUGUAUAUUCACACUGUGCGUGUGUGUGUGUGUGUGUGUGUGUGUGUGUUUGGUUUUCAGUGAGUGUGGGUUUAUUCACAUAA